UAUUCUCACCGUGUCCACUGAGUUGAAACGAGUCUCAGGGACGGAGCCGCAAAGGAGGAGAGCAAGACUCCCGCAUCAUCGCGCCCGCUCUUUCCCUCACCAGCGCCGCAGACUAACGAGAGCCUCUGCGCUUUAACUGUGGUUUAUUUUAACAUGUGUCGACUCUAUAUUGUUCCCGCUGUUUUGUGAACAGUGCGCGUUUGGUGGAUGUGGUCGCGUGGAUAAGCAGAAGACGAUGAUUUUGUCGGGUCUCCUUUUCCCCGCGUUAUGGGGACUGGCGCUCGGCGGAUCUCCGAGCGUCCAAAUCGGCGGCUUGUUCCCUAGAGGAGCAGAUCAAGAGUACAGCGCAUUUCGGAUCGGAAUGGUUCAGUUCGGCACGGCCGAAUUCCGCCUCACUCCUCACAUUGAUAACCUGGAGGUGGCUAACAGCUUCGCCAUCACAAAUUGCUUUUGCUCACAGUUUUCCAGAGGAGUAUAUGCCAUCUUUGGCUUCUACGACAAGAAGUCGGUGAACACCAUCACGUCGUUCUGCGAGACGCUGCAUGUGUCCUUCAUCACGCCCAGUUUUCCAGCUGACGGACUCAACCAGUUUGUUCUGCAGAUGAGGCCUGAUAUCAAAGGCCCUCUCAUCAGCCUAGUGGAGUAUUACAAGUGGGAGAAGUUUGCCUAUCUGUACGACAGCGACAGAGGUCUGUCAACCCUGCAGGCAGUGCUGGACACAGCAGCAGAGAGGAAAUGGCAGGUAACAGCCAUAAACGUUGGAAACCUGAAGGAUGAGUGGAAAGACGAGGCAUAUCGCUCCCUCUUUCAGGACCUGGAGAACAAGAAAGAGCGGAGAGUCAUCCUAGACUGUGAACAGGACAAAGUCAAGGACAUUAUGGAGCAGGUCAUUACGAUCGGUCGACAUGUGAAAGGAUAUCAUUACAUCAUUGCAAAUUUCGGCUUUGUGGAUGGAGAUUUGUCCAAGAUUCAGUAUGGAGGAGCGAAUGUAUCUGGAUUCCAGAUAGUGGAUUUUGAUGACCCGCUUGUUGCUAAAUUUGACCAGCGCUGGGAAGCAUUGGAAGAGAAGGAGUACCCUGGAGCAGAUAGCAGAAUCAGGUACACUUCCGCUCUCACAUAUGAUGCUGUGCAAGUAAUGACAGAGGCAUUCCGCUUUCUGCAUAAACAAAGGAUUGAUAUCAGUCGCCGUGGCAACAACGGAGACUGCCUGGCCAAUCCUGCGGUGCCGUGGGCUCAAGGGGUGGAGAUAGAGCGUGCUCUCAAACAGGUGCGUGUGGAUGGAUUAACAGGGAAUAUUCAAUUCGAUCAGUACGGCAGAAGAGUGAAUUACACAGUCAAUGUCAUGGAGCUGAAAAACAGUGGCCCUGUGAAGAUUGGUUACUGGAAUGAGAUGGACAAAAUGGCAGUGACGAAAUCUGACCUUUUCCCUAACGACACCAUGGGAAUGGAGAAUAAAACUGUGGUUGUGACAACAAUCCUGGAGGCACCAUAUGUAAUGCUGAAAAAGAAUGCAGAGUUAUUCACUGAUAAUGAACGCUAUGAAGGAUACUGUGUGGACCUGGCUGCUGAGAUUGCUAAGCAUUGUGGGUUUAAGUAUCAGCUAAGGAUUGUAGCAGAUGGAAAGUAUGGCGCACGAGAUGCUGAGACCAAGAUCUGGAAUGGCAUGGUUGGGGAACUGGUGUAUGGGAAAGCAGACAUAGCUGUAGCUCCUCUCACCAUCACUUUGGUCAGAGAGGAGGUGAUCGACUUCUCGAAACCUUUCAUGAGUCUUGGCAUAUCCAUUAUGAUCAAGAAACCACAGAAAUCCAAGCCUGGAGUCUUCUCUUUCCUGGACCCGUUGGCCUACGAGAUCUGGAUGUGCAUUGUUUUCGCCUACAUUGGAGUCAGUGUUGUACUCUUCCUUGUUAGCCGCUUCAGCCCUUACGAGUGGCACACAGAAGAGUUUGAGGAUGGGCAGCUGGGCCCUAGCGAAUCUACCAACGAAUUUGGCAUCUUUAAUAGUCUAUGGUUUUCUCUGGGCGCUUUUAUGCAGCAGGGAUGCGAUAUUUCGCCAAGGUCCUUGUCUGGCCGUAUAGUUGGUGGUGUGUGGUGGUUUUUCACCCUCAUCAUCAUCUCCUCCUACACGGCUAACCUGGCUGCCUUUCUUACUGUGGAGAGGAUGGUGUCACCUAUCGAGAGUGCCGAAGACCUGGCCAAACAGACCGAGAUUGCCUAUGGGACAUUGGAUGCAGGAUCUACCAAAGAAUUCUUUAGGAGAUCCAAGAUUGCUCUCUUUGACAAGAUGUGGCAGUACAUGAAGAGCGCAGAACCUUCGGUGUUUGUUAAAAACACAGUAGAAGGCGUUUUGCGUGUCCGGAAAUCCAAAGGCAAAUAUGCCUACCUUCUGGAGUCCACUAUGAAUGAAUACAUCGAACAGCGCAAGCCCUGUGACACCAUGAAGGUCGGAGGGAACCUUGACUCUAAAGGCUACGGCAUCGCUACACCCAAGGGAUCUGCUUUAAGAACGCCAGUAAACCUUGCAGUAUUGAAACUCAGUGAGCAAGGCAUCUUAGACAAGCUGAAAAACAAAUGGUGGUACGAUAAGGGAGAAUGUGGAGCCAAGGACUCUGGAAGUAAGGAGAAGACAAGCGCCCUCAGCCUGAGUAAUGUUGCGGGCGUCUUCUACAUCCUGGUGGGCGGCCUCGGGUUGGCCAUGCUGGUCGCUUUGGUGGAGUUCUGCUACAAGUCUCGCGCGGAGGCCAAACGCAUGAAGAUGACGUUCACAGAUGCUAUGCGCAGUAAGGCCAGGUUGUCUAUAACAGGCAGUACAGGGGAGAAUGGGCGAGUGCUGACUCCAGACUUCUCUAAAGCCGUCCAUGCUGUGCCGUACCUGAGACCUGGCAUGGCAAUGCCUCUGAGUGUGAGCGAGAUGUCCUGAGUGCCUUACAUACUCACACACACACUGGUGCAAGCAUGCUGUACCCCCACUUUCAUACAAAUCAAACACACGUGUAGAUAUUCUUACACACAUAGACACUAUAUAUAUAUAUAUAUAUGAAAAUAAUUAAUUAUUUCAUAUAUAAUGAAUCACACACAUGAUGUCAGAUCCAUACAUGCAUAGUAACACUUUAACACAUGUUUACUGUUCAGUGCAGUCAUAUUUUUACCAAUGGUCAUGUGUACAACUAACAUUUGCAAAAACAUGCUGACAAGACAAAUAAAAAAGGUAUACAGGCACAUUGCUGUGUGUACAUAUGCAGACAAACCUUCUGUAGUCACACUUCUGUAAAGUUUCUUGUUGUGUACAUUUUACAUACAGUAACUGCAAGUUCUCGUUUUGUCACACACGUGCACAUAAAAUAUGACCUCAUUUUGCUCAUGCAUUCACUCACACAAACACACUUGCCCCAUUGCUUCAUUUUUCAUGUACGUUUUUCACAUUGUAAGUGAUAACAUUGCAAUUCUGAACUAAGGAACGUUACACAUUGAAAAUAAUUCCUCUGGGAAAAGCUCGACACCUGUUUCCAUAGCAACAUGUUUUUGGAAUCUCUGAUUUUUAAGACCUCAAGCACACGAAACAUCUCCAUCAAAUGUGAUUUUGUUUACUCAAUCUACAUGAUAUAUUAAAAAUGUUUGAAGAAUCAUUUCUUAUUAUAUGAGAUAUGUAUAAUAAAUUAUGUAUAUAAGUACACUUUUGUUUAUUAGAUGUUAAUGUUACCAUGCAAAUGCUUGACUUAAAGAAAAAACAAAAUGAUUUGAGUAGUUUUGUUUCUCCUCCUCACUGGUUUGAUUUCUUGUGAUGUUCAUUUUUUGGAUCACUGUGUUCGGAUCCGUUUUUCUUGCCUAUGGACGAUGCAAGCAGUAGUUUUAUAAUUGUCUUUUAAUUAAAAAAAAAGAAGAAGAAAAACUAAAUAAUAUUUUACCUUCUGCAUUUCACAAUUUAGAUGAUAUAUUGAAAUUGUUACAUUAAGAUGGAUCUGCAUAUGAAUAUAUGAAAUAUGAAACUUCAUAAUAUAUUACGAUAUCCCAAAAUGCCAAAUAUUGCAGUGUGCCAAAAUAUGUCACGGCGUUUCAGAUGCAUUUAUUAAUAUUGUCUCUUUAUGGGGAAAUGUAAAGACUGAAAAUUAGCACCCUUUACUCAAGGGUUUGUUAUUUAUGUCACUGGCUUUUUUUGUUUUGUUUUGUUUUUCAAAUGCGUUGUAUUUUAUUAAGGUGCACUACGAUAUGCAGUUUUAACUGUGAAAAGCAUGACAACCUUAAGUUAUGUUUGUUUUUAUAAAAACAAUGAUUAAGUAGAUCACUGAUAUUAGUUAAAUAGGUAUUUCAUUUUCGUAGUCCAGUUAUGACCUGAAGACUAAGAGAUUGGAGAGUAUUACAGAUAGUUAUAUUGAUAAUUAUAUUGAUAAAGUAUAAGCCAAUCACCCUUUUCUAUGCCAUGCUGUGUGGAACUGAAAUCUUGUUCAUUAGUUUUAUAUGUAUAUGUACUGUACAUGUAAAUAGAAACCAUACAUGUGCAUAACUUAAAAUCUUGGAUGAUACACAAAUUCACACAGACGCACACAAAGAGGAUUGCUCAUAUUGUGCAUCUUGGGAGUACGCUUGGGAACCUAUGAGCGUAGUACCAAGCUCUCUCAUACAGUCGCACAAAUGGACUCAUCAUCACUAGCAUCAUUUCAGUUGGAAAGUCUGUCAUAGGAUGAAAAGGAGGACAUUUUUCUAAAUGGAAUGUGGACUGAUUGCUUUAUUUUUUGGAAUCUUUUGGAAUAAACAGAGACUGAGAAUCCUCUGA